AUAAAACGCACACUGAAGUGGAUUAUAUGGUAGUGUGGAGUCAAGAUAAUCCAGUGACAAGCAGAUAAUAUUAUAAAUGGGUUAUAUAGCUGUGUGGGAGGGCCUUGAGUCUACACUGCCAUAUAAUCCAGUGCAAAUUAGAUAAUCCCUGGAAGAGGCCUAAAUCUGCCUGUCCCCUGGGCUGAGCUGGUUGCUAGGAGACCAAAUGGGCAGAGAUUAGCCCUCUAACUGACAGCAAUUGGAUAAAAACAAUUACUCCUUUCCCUCUAAUUAGGACUUUAUUUUUCUUUUCUUUUUGUUGUAUCAACCUAGAGGCAUGGAUGAUGGGUUGUGUUGUCAAAUUUCGAGGUUGGGGGGCCUGUAGUUUUGUUGUUUUGUCGGUCGCCGUGAUGCCAUCACUCAUUUAUAUAUAUAGAUAAAGCCAUCAGAAACUAGUUUGCAAAUUCAGCAAUUCUGGUGGCUUUAAAUGAUGUAGAAUGAUAAACUAUGGUUUGAGCUAGAUCAUGAUUCAUUCUAGUAAUAGUUUGACAAGACAACAGAAAUUAUGGCUAUGAUCAUCACUGUACCCCAGCAAAAGAGUUUACUCACGUACUAAGAAGGCAGCCAUGUGGGGAAAAGGUAGUUAAGAGGGGCUCACCAUUGAUUGCAUUAACAUUCGUGGUGCAUCAGAGGUUAUAUAUCAUGGCAUUUUUAGUUGCAUUACUUCUCUCUACCCUACCUGCCAGAUGCCUACAUAGUGUGUAUGUUCCUGAUUACAUCUCUGUAUCCACAUUCCUGUGACCAUAAAUAGGUAUAGCAAGUGUGCUCAGGCUGCAGAGAUAUUCCAGGACACUCAGCAAUGCUGAUGAUUAGAACUAGUUUUCUUUCUGCUUAGAAAUAACUGUUUUUGCAAAUGUGGUGUCCUCUGUUCAUUCUAUUCCUCCCAAUUUUUUUUGGAUAUUUUCUGUGUAUUACUGAUUAUGCUCACUAUUUAUGGCCUUUGUAUACCACCUUCAAUAACAACAACAACAAGUCCUGGUGACUUGUUCAAAACCAAACAAUCUUUUUUUAGCCAAGCAUAGAUAUGAAACUUUGCAGCACUCUUACUAUAUGUUAGCCCUACAGUUAGGCAGAACAAGCUGACCUUAGGCAUGGAGUGUCAAGAGAAGGUUGCUUAUGAUUUACUUCAUUCUUGUUGCAUUUUAACUGGUAGUGGUGUGGAGGGAGAGCAUGUGGGAUUUUCUGCUUCAUGUGUCAAAAUAACUUUCCGGCUCCAGAUAAUAUACAUCUUGACUUGGGUUGUGUGUACGCCAUUUAUUGCUUUCCCUCAGCAGUAAAAGUUUGGAGUGAGUUCUGUGUCCAUGAUAUGAAGGCUUUGUUCUGUGAUGCCAAAUCUAGGGACACAUCACACAAUUACAGUUGAAUUAUCUUCCUUUAUUCGCCAUGAUUCCAUCUGAUAGAAUUCCAGAAAUUAAAUUUUCUGCGGCACUGGAGCUCUCUGACUGAGCAUUCCAAAUGCUCCUGUCUAAACUGCAGAUCCCACAAUUCCAUAGCGCAGAACCAUGGCAGCUAAAAGGGCCUUAUGUUUUUGUAAUAUGAAUGGACUCCAGAUGUUUAAUUUAUUAACACUAAUGAUGUCCCAUCCGGGUGGGAGAAGCAUCAUUUUAGGACCUCUUAACACUGGGAGUUUUCAGCCCCAUUUUUGUGGUUGUCAAUGGGGCUUGGACAGGACCUGCUGAGUGCCAUCAGAUGACACUCAACAGACCCCACCCACAUACUUCCUGAAGUGGAGAGAAGUAUUGCAAAAUGCAGAGGGAAGUUUUUUCCUCCCUCUCCCCACAUAUGAUGGCGGAAAGGGCAACAGGCCAAUACACAUUCCCAUGCGUUGCUGCUCUUUCUCUCACCUGAUGGGACAAUGAGCCUUAUCCCAUUCCCACCAUAUGAUGGGGGAAGGAGAGAGGCCUGUGAUUGUAAUGGGAAAUCCAGACAGUGCAUGUUCGACACUGAAUUACUCAGACGAACAGGCAAUGGAUAUGUGUGCCUCAACUGUAUUGACAACACAGAGGGGCCUCACUGUGAACGGUGUAAGGAGGGCUUCUAUCGCCAGUGGGAUCAAAACGGUUGUGUGGCCUGCAACUGUGACCCUACAGGUUCUGUUGGAGUACAGUGUGAUAACCUGGGUCGAUGCCACUGCAAACCUGGCGUGAGAGGUGAUAAAUGUGAUAGAUGCCAGCACAAUUUCCAUUCCUUCUCAGAGACUGGCUGCAUACCUGCUGGGCAGUUACAGAUUUCCCACUGUAAUUGUGAUCCAGAUGGAAGCACGGGGGAAUGUGUGUCAGGACGUUGCAUUUGCAAAACAGCAGUUACAGGAGAUCAAUGCAGCAGUUGCAAGCAGGGCUAUUAUAACCUUGAUGCGGAAAAUCCAGAAGGCUGCUCUCAAUGCUUCUGUUCUGGACACUCAACUACAUGUACUAGUGCAAAAAACUAUAGCAUGCAUAAGAUUACCUCUGCUUUCCAACAAGGGGAUGAAGGCUGGCAAGCUCACGGAAAUGGGUCCCCUUUUCAGCUCCAUUGGUCUUCCUACCAUAAGGAAGUUUAUGUGGCAACAAGAAGACCAGGUCCUAUCCAUUUCGUGGCACCAGCCAAGUUCCUUGGAAACCAGCAGUUGAGUUAUGGGCAGACAUUGUCUUUUGAUUAUCGCGUGAACCGACCUGGACAUCACCCUUCGCACCAUGACGUUGUCUUGGAAGGAGCCGGUUUUAAAAUCAGCACUCCUCUUGCGCCCCAUGGAAGGGUGCUGUCUUGUAGAGGCAGCAAGACAUACACAUUCAGGUUGGAUGAGCACCCAAACAGUAACUGGAAUCCUAGGCUGAGUAGAACUGAGUAUCGCCAAUUAAUUGGGAACUUGACAGCUCUUCGAAUCAGAGCUACUUUUGGAGACACCACAGGCUACCUUAGUAAUGUCAUUUUGAUUUCGGCACAGCCAACACCUGGUACGCCAGCACCCUGGGUGGAACAAUGUGUGUGCCCCGCUGGAUAUCAGGGGCAAUUCUGUGAGAAAUGUGCUCCAGGAUACAAGAGAGAGGAUUUUGCUAGACGUGGAGCUUUCAGCAACUGUGUGCUGUGCAAUUGCCAGGGAGGAGGACUCUGUGACCCAGACACAGGAGAGUGCUAUUCUGGAGAUGAAAACAUGGAGCCCAUACACGCUGCCUGCCCAGCAGACUCUUACCGCCCCACCUGGAACCCACAGAGCUGCCAACCGUGCCCUUGUCAAAGAGGAUACGGCUGUUCAGUCCGACAGAGCACAGGAGAAAUUGUUUGCAACAAGUGCCUUCCAGGCACUGAUGGGGUUCGCUGUGAGUUUUGCAUCUCUGGCUAUUUUGGAGACCCUUUGGGUGAACAGGGUCCAAUACGGCCCUGCCAACCAUGUCAGUGUCAAAACAUUGACCCAAAUGCUUCCUGGAUGUGCAACCAAUUGACAGGGGAAUGCCAUUGCAGGGAUGGGUUCUUUGGAAAUCCUGUGUCUCUUAACCCAGCAGAAAAAUGCAAAGCUUGCAAUUGUAAUCCAGUGGGAACUGUUGAGCCCCUGCAGUGUCAGAGAGAUGGAAGCUGCAUUUGUAAACCAGGAUUCGAAGGACAAAGCUGUGAACACCGUCUCCACUGUCCAGCCUGUUACAGUCAAGUGAAGACUCAGGUAGAUCAAUACCUCCAGAGACUACAGGGACUUGAAACACUUGUACACCAGAUAAAAACCAAUGGACACCAAGGAGAUAGUGCAGAACUAGAGAAGAAGAUGCGAGAGGCCGAAGAGAUGCUCCAACAAGUCUUGAGAGAAGCCCAAAGCUUACAAGCUUCUGACAGGACCUUGGGGAGCCGUCUGUCAAAGAUGAAGGCUCAGGGCUUGAUCUACCAGAGUCGUUUGGAUGAGAUAAAUGAGACAACUGACAGACUGCAGUCUCUGGGAAGACAAUACCAGAACCAGGUGCAAGAUACCAGGAGGCUGGUGGCAAGAGCUCGUACAGAUUUGGAGCAAAGCAAAGCACAAAUGGAAAGCAUGAUUAUUCCAUCUCCAGGUAUCCCUGGGGGUUCAAACAGUUUUUUAAACCUGGCACAAGAAGCAAUGGAGUUAGCAAAUAGCCACAUGCAACUGGCAAAUACCAUUGAGCAAGCAUCCCGUGCCGCAGAAGAUGCCUCCCAACAGGCAUUAACAUUGCUGCAGCCAUAUUUGAGUGGAGGAACCACACUGGCCAACUCUGUUCAUGGACUCCAAGAAAAAUAUGAUGAAGCAAAGCUGCUCUCAAGUGCAUUGGAAGCUGAUGCUGGCAAAGCUGUGUCUGAUGCCGAUAAGGUCUAUCAGGAUAGCCAGCUGUUGUUUGGCUCUCUGACACGCUUACCAAAGGUUGACAUAAACUUUUUUCAGGGAGAAGCCACUCAACUCCGGCAGAGAGCAGACUCCUUAUCAAGCUUAGUGGAAACGUACAUGGCAGAAUACAGACAGCUACAAGGCAACACCAAGAACUGGGAGGAUGAGAUGAAAAUGCAGUUGCAGAAAGGCCAAAAUGACAGACUGGUGUCAACUCAACUGUUGUCUCGUGUCAACCUUGCCAAGAGUAAAGCCCAGCAGGCACUGAGUGCUGGCAAUGCCACUUUUGAGGAAGUUGACAGCAUCUUAAAGAAUUUGCGAGAGUUUGAUCUUCGAGUAGGAGACAGGCAAGCAGAGGCCAGAGAGGCCAUGCGAAAGCUUCCUCUCAUCAGCAGUAUGGUUGCCAGUGCCAAUGAGAAGACAACGCGUGCAGAAACAGCCCUGGGCACUGCCGUAACAGAAGCUGGAUCAGCCAGGAGAAUGGCCGGAGAAGCAAAGGAAAUAAUUGGCGGCAUCGAUCAGGAGAUAAGGCGAUUGGCUUUGGAAGCCAACAGGACAGCAGAUGGAGUGCUAACCCUGGAGCAAGGGAUUGUGUCUCUGCGGAAAGAGACCAAAGAUACGGAAAGUGAAUUACAAAAGAAGACACUGGAAGUGGACAUGGAUGCCGCCAUGGCCCAGGAAGCUCUUCAAAUGUCACAGAGCGCCAAGGGAGAUGCUAGCAGUGCUGGGAUGGCUGUCCAAACCCUGCUUGGUACCUUGGAAAAUGUUUUACGAAUGAUGGACCAGCCCGAGGCCUUGGAUGAUCAAGGUGUGACUUUGCUUGAGAUGAAUCUCAAUAAGGCCAGACAAAGACAUAAUCAAUUGAAAGAGCUGAUGUUACAACUGGAGCAAACAUCCAGACGGCAGAAACUUCAGGUCCAGACACUGUAUAAGAGCAUUAUAGAGAUCAACGCAGAUAUCAAGAACUUGGAGGAGAUACGAGAUAAUCUCCCUCCCAAGUGUUAUAAUGUACAACCCAUUGAGAGACCUUGAAGCUUUACGAGGUCGGGGAAGCAAACUGACACGUAUUCUUUCUGCCAGCACUUGGACUCAGCAUCUGGAUCAGAGAAAGGAUUUGGGAUGAUGCAGGAGGUCCAUCCCUCCUAAGGCUACAUGUAAUCCCACUGAAUAGACUCUUUUCAAGUUGCAUCACCACCAUGCAGCCAUUAAUCAGUUGGGAAAAUACUGAAAGCUAGUCCAGUCGAUCCAGUCUUGGGGAGCAAGAAAUAAAAAAUGCCCUGGCUUACUGUGUGGACUCAGUUGGAGCCAGGCGCUGAAUUACUAUCUGAUAACCUUUCUCCAAAGCUGGAGAAGGAUGGAAGCUUGGAAGAAUUGUCUUUUGGAUUACAAUUCCCAGAAUCUUCAAGGUCCCAUUGCCAGUGGCCAUGUAGUCUAUGAAACUGUGGAAGGUAUAGUCCAAAAGUAUAAGUCUUCCAUGCUUUGUCUGCAAUCCCAUUAAAUUAAUUGCCCCCAGUCAUCAAUUGUUUUAUUACUUCAAAUAACUCUUUAACAUUCAUUUAUCCCAUCUGUAUCUCAGGGCCCUUCCAUGCAGGCCCUAUAUCCCAGGAUCUGGUCCCAGGUUUUCUGCAUUUAACUGGAUUGUAUGACACUGCCAGAUUAUCUGGGAUAAACAGAAAACUGGGAUAUAGGACCUGUCUAGAAGGGCCUUCAGAAAAUAGUUUCUCUUCAGAACACCUUACAUAAUAUCUCCGUAAUAUCAAAUGACAACAAUUACAACAAACAUUAUUAACAUGAAUAGCAUACACUGGAGGUUCUGAAAGCAUAUCUGUGUAACAGAACUUAACUGGUUCAAUCACCAUUACAUCAGCUCAGGAUACUGGGAAAUAAUUUUAUAGGAUUUUGGUAGAAAUAUUUAAAGGAGUGCUCAGUAUUCGGAUGAAACUAUCACUCUCACCAUCCUUUCUACGUAACUUUAUAGAAAUAAUUUACUAGGUCUUCUUAUCCAUUUUCUUCCAGUUUUGCUACUCCAUGUCCUGGGAUGGGGCACUUAUUGUCAGUAAUGAGCCAAGUCCAGCAUAUAUUUUAAAAAUCUGAAGGACUAAAAGGAUGGAGCACGUCCCAGAGUGGUUAAGGUAGUUUUGCAGUAAGAAGAUACCUUUGCUGUCUUCAAACAUGAGUUUAGCCAAAAACCAUCACGGCUUGGCCUGGGCGUACGGGGAGGGAGAUGACUUUUUAUGAGGAAGAUAUACCGAGUUAUUUAAUUAGCUUUUGAAGUAUGGGUUUCCACCAUUACAAUGUGUAUGUUAAAAAUUGUUCUAGAAUGUACUUUUGAAAAAAAAAGUAAUUCAAAUUCGUGCUUUCAAACUGUGUCAUAGACAAGUUUAAAGGUGCUAUGUAUUUUCUAUCAUUGAUGAGAAGGAAAGCCCAAUAAAUAAUGGAUUCCAGUGGUUCAAGAA